CGGAUUGGCCCGGCGGCACAGCGGUAGCGGCCAAUCGAGGCUCGCCGAUUAUCUGUAACUGUGAGUUUUGAACCCCGGCCGACUUCAGUUAAUCACCAGCGCGGUGAGACGCGUGAGAGUCGAGUCGAGUCGAGGCGAGACGAGUCGGGACGGGGACGCGCGAGCGUCUCACACUAGGCGUACGGACGCGUGGCAUGCCUUGUGGCAGGAUCUUGUAAAAACGAACGACCUUUCGCCGUUCACACGCGGAUGCACGAGGACCUCAAGUCACGUAGGAAUUAGAUAAGGAAAGGAAGCACCAAAGUUUUAUUGUACCCAAAAAUGGCACCUCCAAAAGUAUUACUCGGACAAAAUAGACAAAAGAGCACUGCAACCUUGAGGAAAGGAAUAACAACUAGAAGUCAGAAUACUUUACUGAACAAUGUAUUAAAACAGCAAUCCAGUAUUAGCAGAGAUACUCGUGCCAAGCGGAAAGCAGAGAUUUCGCCAACUAAAGAAAAAUCGAAUAAGAGAUGUGCCUUUACAAAUAUCACUAAUGCUAUUACAACAUCGUUAGGAGGGCAAAAUCAACCAACGAAAAAAGUGACGCAAACCAAAUCAGUUGUAGAAAGUAACACUGUUUUAGAGAAACCUACAGAUAAUACUGUAUCAAAAAUUGCACCAGCAAAAUUAAAACCAGUACCUCGUGUUAAGUCUAUUCUUAAAAAAGAAGAUAAUAAAACAGAAAUUGCUAACAAAAUUGUACAUAACAAGCGAAGUAUAGAUUUAGAGAAAUCGGAGGAUAACUCAUUGUAUGUUAGUGCUUUAGAGGAUGUUUCAGAUAGCAUGAAAAGAACUCGCAGAAGUAAUAAGAUUGAUGAAAAAACGAACGAAAAAGAAACUGAGAAAAAUGAGACUACGCUAUCUCCGAAGGAAGAUAAAGUAAAAGUCUCGGCCGCCGCUCUCUUAACUGCUGUACCUGAGAGAGAAUUGCCCGAAGGUGUCCAAUGGGACUUUGAUAUCGAAAAUUGGCUAGAUCCAUAUCAAGUGUCACACUAUGCGAUGGAUAUCUUCGACUACUUGAAGAAACGAGAACGCUUGUUUCCUAUCGACGAUUACAUGGAGCGACAGAUAUGCCUUUCGCAAUGGAUGAGGGCAUUAUUAGUCGACUGGAUGGUCGAAGUUCAGGAAUCAUUUGAACUUAAUCAUGAGACCCUAUAUCUAGCUGUGAAACUGGUCGACUUGUAUCUGACGAAGGUGACAGUCGGAAAAGAAACCUUACAACUGCUCGGUGCUGCAAGUCUUUUCAUAGCAAGCAAAUUUGACGAACGAAUACCACCAAUGGUGGAAGACUUUUUGUAUAUAUGUGACGGCGCUUACUCGCAGAGGGAAUUGAUUAAAAUGGAAAUGAAUGUCUUAAAAGUAGUUAAUUUUGAUUUGGGAAUACCUCUUUCUUACAGAUUUCUUCGGCGUUAUGCCAGGUGUGCCAAGGUGUCUAUGCCCACAUUAACUUUGGCUCGGUACAUAUUGGAACACUCGUUGAUGGAUUAUACGACGAUCAGAUUCAGUGAUAGCAAAAUGGCAGCAGCGGCAUUGCUACUUGCAUUGUUAAUGAAGGAUCUGGGAGGAUGGAAUUCAACGUUAGAAUAUUAUAGCGGUUAUAAACUUAGCGAUAUAAGAGAUAUUUGCAAUCUUUUAAAUCAGGGAUUGCAUAAAAAACAUAAAGAAACAUUAAAGACUGUUCACAGCAAGUACAGCCACAAGAUUUUCUUCGAAGUAGCAAAAUUGCCUCUGAAAGAGACUUUAGAUAUAUAAAUAAUGAGAGUAAAGCAAUUGAAGUUAAAGAAAGUGUCAAAUUCAGUAUAGACAGGUGAAUUAUCUUGAUAACGUACGGAAUUAAGAGUUAGGACUAGUCGUACCAACAAUCAAUUAUUAAAUCAACAUAAUGGCACAAUUGUUAAUGUGCAAAUAGCGACACUGUUGUUUAAAUUGUAUAAUUGCAUAAACCAGGGGCAAAAACGUAAAAAAUCUCGAAUGCACAUUAAAAAGUUUUGUCGCGAAAGUUUUUUGUCGUUCACCGAGUUUUUUACGGGUACAGAUAGCAUGUAUAUUGAUGGCUCAUUAUCUUUUAUUAUUAUGAUUUUAUUUAUAUAUAUGUAUAUGAUGCGAUAAUCUCUAUAUCAUUUUACAUUGUCCUUAUUAUUUGUAUAAGUUAUUUUACUAAUUCUUUUUUAUUAAAAAAUUUAUUUUAGCGCCAUACUUUUACAUCUUGCGAAAUGAAUUGUCAAUCCGAGAUCUGAUGUCGGGUUUUUUUUUAACCUAUGAAAAUAAAGUGAAAAGUAAGGCAUGUAUGGUCGAACUUCUCGAGAACGAUAAAAUGUAUAUUUUUUAAAUCUAAAAGAUAAGUUGGAAUAAAAUUUAUUUUUAUAAUCGCCUUGCAAUCCAAUAAAUUGUUCCCAACGAAAAAAUUUUUUUGAUAUACAUUUUAGUAUCAUUCAGAAGAAUAAAGGGACUUUGAAGUUGAAAAAAGAAAUAUAAAUUGUACAAUUCAUAAAUUCAUGAAUUGAAGUAUGUUUUGCGUUCAUUGCAGCAAUUAUAAAAUUCAUAAUUUUGUUUCGUGGUCGGAUUUACAUGUACGAAAUUUUAUUGCCCUACAACCUACCAUGCUUCGAGCCAAAAACUUCUAAGUCAUAAAUAAAUGAUGACUAGACUAGACUAGACUUCAUCAAGUUGCACGUAUUAAAUUUGAUUAACUUGAUGUAUUUUAUUUUAUUUCAUACUAUUUAAAAAUCAUUGAACAUUUUGUAUAAAAAUAACUAAAUAAAUAUUAUAUUGUAAUAUCUCUACUUCAUUCCUCAGAAUAAUCGACCAUGUGCAUUGCUUUUCAAUUGAUUUCUUCAUAAUUAACUUUAAACUUUUGAUGUUUUACACACGAUGAAAAAUAUUUUAGAAGAAUACUGCUGAUUGUCAAUUAAUCGUGUAUCACUGAAGGUACUGCCAUGUGAAGAGUGUGGCGCAUUGUUAUGUAUCAUUAUUGCGCAGUCAGGCUUCCGAAUUUUCUUCCUCCUCAAAAAAUGCUAAUUUUUCUAUUCUUCCCUUCUCAGUCUCCACACAUUCCAAUAUUAAUAACGAUCUAAUUAUUAGAAUAUGAAUGGAAACUGCAAGAAAAAAAUGGGAAGAACAUAGAAAAAUUAAAUUCGUUCCCGAUAAAGAAAUGUCACGGAAGCCCGUCUGUAGGUAGACUGAAGAUGAAGCUUGUGUUAUUAAAUGAGAAACUCGGAUUUUUAACUAUUACAGUCAUGAUUGAGGAAGCGAUAUUUUUAUCAUAGAUUAUCACAUAAUGUGAAGAUUCAAUUGCAAGUGAAAUAUUCUAAUAUUUGAUCUUAUAGAAUGAGGUAUAUCUAAUGAUUUAUUUUUAAAUUUGAGUACAAUUUGGAUGCCUGUUUUAUACAUUUAAAUGCGAAGUAAGAUUUUUUUUCCCUCAAAACUCGUAAUUAUUCAAUUUGUAAGCGACAGAUCUCGGCCAUUUACGCUGCCUAAUCAUAAACAUAGUUUACACAAUAAUGUGUCUAAAAUGUGUGAACACCAGUUAUUAUUAAUUGCUAAGAUAUACAUCUACAGUUUGCCUUGCAGUUUAAAGAUCGAAAAAAAAAAAUUAAAAAAAAAUAUUAGUUUAUAAAUCUCUGCGUGCCAAAACUAAAUAUAAGUAUAAAUUAGGAAAAAGAUAUUUCACCGAUUCGAUGUUUCAAAACCUGUACAAUAGUGCCGGAUGAUGUAGUUCUCUUCUUUCUCCAAACAAAAACAUUUCA